AUGGGAAUCCCAGAAGGCCUCGGCCGCGCCGAUAGUGAUGGGCUUCAGUUUGAAGAUACAGUGGCGCCGUUGAUCAGCUAUUCUCUUGUUCGGGUUCAAAUUGCAACAGCGACAUUUGACAUGCACCCACUAGUACAGUUAUCGGUCCGGACAUGGCUAGGGAUCCACCUCGAGCUGGCACGGUGGCAAGAAAGGUCGCCAGCCAUCAUGGCACAGAUAUUUCCCGAUGGACGGUACGAGACCUGGAUCGAAUGCCAAGUGCUGCUUCUGCAUGCGAAAGAGGUGGUCAAGUCGAUAUCUGACGAGCAUAAAGAUGAUCCACUGCGCCACUAUUUCUACUAG